AUGCUUCAAUCCUCUACUUCUGUCAUUCCUUUUUAUGAGUCUGAAGGUCCUCCCCAGGCACUUCCGUUAUUGACAUAUCACACGGAGAUGUUUUGUCCUACAUUAUCGUUCGUCUUGAUAUCUCCCCAAGAAGAGAUGAUAUUCUCUACUCUUCCGCUCAGGGGACUCACUCUAACUCCUUCCCGCGUCUUCACGACCACGUCUCGUGCAACAACACCCAUUCGUUCUCGCGCGUCUACUCCCAAAGUUACCAAAUUAGUCUCUUUUUCGGAAGGGCAGUUCACACAGAACAGCGAGUCCGAGAAGGUGUCAGCAUAUUCCUCAUUGUCCUCUAUAAGUUCCAAGGACUCCAAAAUUCUCAAACCAGAGGGUGAGGCGGGGCGCCCUGGUUGUGGUGGGUACAACUUGGAAAAGGCACUCAACUGGGAUGUUGACUGCUUCAAGGAUCUCAAGGAGUACAUUCACCGGUCUAUCAAGAAGCACUGUAACAUUGACAAGAGCAAGAAACUUCAAGCUGCGGCUGCAUUGCAGGAGGUUCACAGAGAGGCUCCAGAUCAGAUUCGGCGACACAAUCAGAUGUCCCGUCUAAUGUCCUUUUUUUCUUCGGAUGAUCCGUCCCCUGAAGUUGUUGAGUCGCACCCCCUCAACGAGCUUCGUUCACCCUCAACACAUACGUACCCACCUCCAACUGCAAAUACUACGUUAGCUACUCCAGCUAUUUCCUCCAGCGAGGAGUGUGUAAUGGAGUUAGAUAAUCCUUGGCAGUCUGUUCGUAGGAUGAGAGAUGAUGACGAACAGCGGCCGAAUAAAGUCUUUCUCAAAGAAAUCGAUCAGUCAUCUAAGCUGCGUGAAGAUGUGCACGAGCUACAUUUAAGCAAACAUGAUCUUUUGCUCCGAAAACACCAUGUGCAGAUCACCUCGAACGUCCGCGAAUCGGAUAUGCAAUCGGCCAUUGCACAGUAUCAGCAACAGAACCAAUAUCUUCAGCGUGACAAUGCUAAUGCCCUCGCUUCCUUGGACCAGAACCAUCGUAAAGAAGUAGCAGAGCUCCAGAAUGAUAUGGCACUUGGUCUUCAUAAAGCCCAAACCGAAACCCGCGCUGAAAUAGAACACUUAUUGGCCGAGAAAGAGGCUCGAUUUGACUGUGAAAUGUGUUUGGCAAAAGAUAGGUUUUUGGCUGACAAUGAAGCUGAAUUAGCCCGCUUGGACGCCAAGUAUAGUUCCAAGAUCAAUUCAUUGGAUAGUCAACUUCGACACGCCAACACUGCAUCACCUGCGUCCACACCUGCCUGGCGGCAUUUCGUGGGCAAAAAACCCAUGGCUACAUGUACCAAGAUAAUUGGGUUUUCGCCAAUUCCUGAUUCCAGCUCAGAAUCUGACACAGACGAGGAACCUCAGACAGAAAGUCUUCCCCUGACUUCACUCUUAGGAGACGUCCCGAUCGCGAACGCAACUGUCAGCAUGCUUGCUGAGGCGCUCGCGAAGGUUCUUCAGACUCCUCAAAUGACGUCUCCUCGAGGACCUUGCUCAAGACACAAACCGCCUAAACCCCCUGUCGAAAGUUUCACUGAUACCCAGCGCCGAGACAAUAAGGCAAAUGUUCGAGAGUUGUUCAGAACUGCAUUCCACGCCACAAAAGACGAAGAGUAUAUGCUUCAUGUGUCGGCGUCGUGUGAAGCUAUAUUGUCUUUUGCACAUGGAAUGGGCCCAGGCCCUGACCCACUUGCAAUGCAAUGGGAUAUGGCGACCACACACAACUCCAAGUGGAAUCAAAAAGUUAUCGAUUUACUCUGUUCCCAAGAUGACAUUACACUGAAAUUCAGUCAAUGCCACAAGUGUUGGCGAAAGGCUCAGCCUCUCACACUUAGUGAUGGUACUCGCGAGACCAUGCAACAAGUGGGAGAUCGACUCGUGGAUCAGAUGAAUGAGCGACUGCGGCUCGCUAGGGUCCUCACUCGCAGGGUGACAAAGUUCGAAACUCGAAAAAAAGUGAUGUCGACACUGCUAAGUGAUAGGAAUGCGACAGGAAAGGAUGAUCAGGCUGUGUGGGCGUAUCUUCAAUCUAUCAUGGAGAAUCUUGGCAAAGAUGGCAUGAGCUCUGACGAGAGUGAGCACGAAGAUGGAGACGUUCAGGUCUUUCGUCGGAAGAGUAUGCCAUGGAGAGCAGAUUUCAGUCAGGAGAUGCAGAUUAUUGACCAACAGCGUUUAACGGGUGCCACAAUUUUCACUCCUUGCGGAAGUAAGCCCGCAAAGCGUCUUCAUAACGUUAACCGGGAGUCUUCUUGCGUCCCGAUCGAAGGCCUGCCAAGAGCAUUUUAUAAUCCUUCCUGGUUGACUGACCAACGUCCCUCAUUCACAGUAUCUAAGAAGAAGUUUCAGAGGAUGGAGAUUAUCGUUGCCCGCCAGUAA